GAGCUGCUUCAUGGGACGCAGUUGGUGAAGGUUUGUUUUUCAGAGUCUGAUCCUCAGAUCUCGACUUCAGAGACAAGAGGACGACUUCAGGACAUGAGGGACACUUCAAACAGCUCAGGGAUGGACGACUAUGACGACCUCUUCUUGAACGACUCGUUCUGGAACUCCAGUGACAACUCCAGUUACUACGACCCGUCAGAGAACUGGUGCGAGGCUGGAGACACGGAGACCACCAUCAAGAUGUUCCAGACCUGCGUCUUCGGCCUCAUCUUCCUGCUGGGCAUGCUGGGAAACUGCCUGGUCAUCGCCACCUUCGCCCUCUACCGCCGGCUGCGGCUCCGCUCCCUGACGGACGUGUUCCUGUUCCACCUGGCGCUGGCCGACCUCCUGCUGCUCCUCACGCUCCCCCUGCAGGCGGUGGACACUCACCGCGGCUGGAUCUUCUCCGUGCCGCUCUGCAAGGCCACGCGAGCCUGCUACGCCGUCAACACCUACAGCGGCCUGCUGCUGCUGGCCUGCAUCAGCGUGGACCGCUACCUGGUGGUGGCUCGGGCGCAGGAGAUGCUCCGGCUGCGCACUCAGAUCCUGAGAGGAGGGAAGAUGGCGGCUCUGGGCGUGUGGGUUGUUGCCGUUCUCCUCAGUCUACCUGAGAUCCUCUUCUCCGGGGUGUCGGAGCUCAGCCCUGAAGACUCGGUGCAGUACUACUGCGGCAUGCAAAAGAGCGGGAAGGUCAAGAUGGCCACCAACGGAGCCAUCAUCGUGGUCUUCUGCGUGUCCCUCCUGGUGAUGGUGACGUGCUACUCGCUGAUCGCCCGCGUGCUGUGGGAAGGGAACCGGCUCCGUCGAGGGAACCAGUGGCACCGGCAGCGCACCCUGAAGCUGAUGGUGGCGCUGGUGCUGGUGUUCCUGCUCUUCCAGCUGCCCUACACCGUGGUGCUGUCCCGGAAGAUAGCGGGGCAGUUCUGCAGCCUGCUGCUGGAGUACGUCACCUGCACCUUGGCGUACGCCCGCUGCUGCCUGAACCCCGUGCUGUACGCUCUGGUGGGCGUUCGAUUCCGCAGCGACGUGCUGAGGCUGGUCCGUGACUCAGGAUGCCUAUGUGGCCUCUCCGUGGCGCCAAAGGCGGUGACCUCCACCUCGCCCUCGUCACCUGCUCUCACCAGGCCCUCGGUUUCCUCCCCAGCGCCGCAUGAACGCUUCUCCAGCAACGAGACCCCCUCCAAGUUCCUGUUCCCAGGAAACAAAUGAUGUUCAGUGAAGAAGACGAAGCAGCCGACGUCCAUGAUGCACCGGUCACAUGAUCACCUGCAGGAAACAUGAAGUGUUGUUACAGUACGUGAAGAACAAAGAGCUGGAGGAUGAAAACAAACCAUCAUCCUCACGGUGAUUCAGAUGAUUCCAGAGGAACCGAGAACUGAAACUGUAUUCUCAUACUGCAGGGGGCAGCAGCGAGUCAUGCUUCAUGUUCAGGAGACGUUUGAUCAUCUAAUUCUGUGCGUGUGUGUGCGUUUGUGUGUGUCUGUGUGCGUGUGUGUUUGUGUGUGUUUGUGUGUGUUUCAUCAUCAUCAUCUAUCUCAACCCAAACUUUGACCUGAAUAAAUGAAAUGAUCAAAUAUAAAUUACAAUGUAGAAAUGAGGAUGCAGGUUACACACACACAAACACACACACACACACACACACACACACACACACACACACACACACACAUUUAAUUUAGUUAUGUAGGCUAAUGUUAAAAAAGUUGAAUUAAAUGUUGUUUGUCUUGAUGAAUAUUUUUUCUUGCUUCUGUUUCUUGCUUCUUCCCUUUUUACUAAUAAAAGCAGAUAAACAUGA